AUGGAUGGAAUCACGAGGCGUCCAGGUGGAGAGGAAAAAUUUAACAGCCUGCGGCCGUUAAAGUGGAAAAAACCUCAGGCCGCCGAAAUUGAGUGUCACGUCGACGGCACCGAAGCCUCCUCCGACGCUUCCCCAUUUCCCUUUAAAUCACCUACCACGCUAGCUGCCGUUCUGAGUUGUCCCGAGCUGCUUCUCUUUUACGGGAGUACUAAGGAGCAGAAGCACCAGCAGGAGUACAAUGAGGAGCACCAGCGGGAGCACCCGCGGGAGCGCGAGGAGGAGCUGGAGCACCGGCAGGGGCACGAGGAGGAGCAGGAGGAGGAGCAGGAGGAGGAGCAGGAGCACUGGCACCAGCAGGACCCCGAGGAGGAGCAAGAGCCCGAGGAGGAGCACCAGCAGGGGCACGAGGAGGAGCAGGAGCACCACGGCGGCCGGCCCGCCCCGGCCAAGCGCCUCCUCGAUGGCGACGAGCGGGUCGCCGCCCUGGCCAAGUGUCCGCGCCUGGCGGCCGACGAGCUCAGCCCUCCGGCCUCGCCUCCUCCGGGAGGUCCUCCUCCUCCUCCUCCUCCUCCUCCUCCGGGCCGCCCUCCUCCUCCCGCUCCUCCCGCCGCCCCGCCGGGGCCCAGCCGCAUCGCCGGCUACCUGCUGCUGCCCCUGGCCCAGCGGGACCAGGUGUCCAGGGCCCUCAGCGUCCACACCGGCCGGGAGCUCCGCUGCAAGGUGUUCCCCAUUAAACACUACCAGGACAAAAUCCGGCCGUACAUUCAGCUGCCAUCCCACAGGAACAUCACGGGGAUAGUGGAGGUGAUUCUGGGGGACACCAAAGCCUACGUCUUCUUCGACAAGGACUUUGGGGACAUGCACUCCUACGUGAGGAGCCGCAAAAGGCUGCGGGAAGAAGAGGCCGCCCGGCUGUUCAAGCAGAUUGUCUCUGCCGUGGCCCACUGCCACCAGUCCGCCAUCGUACUGGGCGACUUGAAACUCAGGAAAUUUGUCUUCUCCACAGAGGAAAGAACCCAGCUGAGAUUAGAGAGCCUGGAAGACACUCACAUAAUCAAAGGGGAAGACGACGCUCUGUCGGAUAAACACGGCUGCCCGGCCUACGUGAGCCCUGAGAUCUUAAACACCACCGGGACCUAUUCCGGCAAGUCGGCGGAUGUUUGGAGUUUAGGGGUGAUGCUUUUCACCCUCUUGGUCGGACGCUACCCUUUCCACGACUUGGACCCCACCGCCCUCUUCUCCAAGAUUCGCCGUGGACAGUUCUGCAUCCCCGACCACUUAUCUCCCAAGGCCCGGUGCCUCAUCCGUAGCCUCCUGAGGCGGGAGCCGUCCGAGAGACUCACCGCCCCCGAGAUCCUGCUCCACCCCUGGUUCGAGAGCGUCCUGGAACCUGGACACACGGAGCAGGAAACGGGAACUUCCGAUCAGAUGGUUCCAGAGCAGCAAGAAGACAGUGAUAUGAGUUCCUUAUUCUGCUAAUCCCAAAACCUCAAAAACCUCACAGUUCUCACUCAUGGCAUUUUUUUUUUUUUUUUAAGGGUUUCAUUUUUCCACUUAAUAGACGGAUAGAGUUUUCAGCGUCGGGUCCAGCCCGAGAAGUGACCGUGUAAAAACGGCAGCCCCUUCCCCCAGAUAUCCGCUCUCCGUGUUUGAGUCGUGUGGUGUGACUUGACUGUUGUGAGCCCUUUUAGCGGCUUCCCUACCCAACCGGAAAGUCUCUCAGAGCAUCCCAAGAGCUCCAUCUUCUGCAGGGGAAAUUAAAACAGCCAGUUUUUAUUUUAUUAUUUUAUUUUUUGGUUCCCCAAGAUGACAGAGAUGAAGUCCGGUGUAGGCUUACCGUGGUUGGAGCUUAUCGGCGGAGAGGACUCGAUCUGAACGUCCUAGAAGAAGAACCCUCAACCCUGAUCUACGCGCUGCCCCUUUAUCAGUCUCUUAUCCGGCUGGCACCGUAUCUUGAAUGAGAAAAACUGAUGGCCCAGUGAAAUCACUAUUGCUGCUCUGUUGGGAGGUAGACGGUUGAGAUCCCGCGAUAUCGACCUACCUACCUUAUUGGAAGUUUGGAGAGGCAGGCAUCCCUAAACUCACCCGCUCGGGCUCCCAGCUCUCCCCCACUUCCUCUGGCAGACUCUCUCUGUAGCACUUGGGGCCAGGGAAAAGCUAACCCUGCCUCAGAACCAAACCUCUCUCUGAUUUCUGAUAUACACUAAGGCCUUUUUCCUGAGCAGGAGCCUUCUCCCCUCCCCCCCGCAUCACCACCACCACCACACGCACGCACGUUGUGAAAGGUCCAAGUUAUAAAGCACAACAUCAGAUUCAGAGCCGCAGCCUGCUCCCCCCACACUGGCCUCCCGCGGGCGGGCCGUAGCGGGGGGGAAAUCUCCCGAAACCCUCUCGAACGGGUUUGCUUCUUUCCCCCUCCCUUUGGCGGUUAACAUUUCAUCCGUCCCCACGGCCGGCUCUGGGCGGCGGAAGCUCGGGAGUCGGUCGUACAGAAUGUUUUCGGCUUUCGGCGGGCCGCGGUUUAACGCCGAGAAGGUGAAUCUUCGGGAGAUGCUCCGAGCGGCUCCUUCGGAUGGUCCUAACCCUACGCGUGUCCUGUCUGCCUCUUGGCCGGUGGCUUUUCUCUUGCAUGAUUGUUAACUUUCCAGACUCUCUGUGGUUAAGGAAUACGCCUGUGUGAUCGGUUGUCGAGAGGAGCCCCCAUCCUGUAGAAGAUCACGCCCGCUGGGUCUCCUGCGGGUCUCCCGGGCUGGUUUGGCGCGGAAUGGCAACUUGCAUUAAAAAACAGAACGAAACAAAAAAAACACGUUAAAAAAAACUUUACCAGAUGAAGUACAAGCAAAAUUCUCGGACAGAAGAUACAGUGAAUUGGUUAAACGGGUAAAUUAAAUAUACUGUAUAGUGAAAAAUGGCACCGAACCAGUGCGGCUAUUUUAACGGCCGAAGCCUCGGCCGGCUACGACACGCAUUGUGAGAAGGCCAUGAAUACCUCAUGUACUGUGUACUUUGUACAUAAAUUUUACUUUUUUUAAUAUAUCUAUUAUUUUUUGUUGUUUGGCUAGGAGGCUGUAAUGUGUAUGUCUGAAUAACCCAAGGUGUCAGAGAACAGUUAAAUGUGAAUUCCUGUUAGCAAUACUAACUUGACCGAAUCAUGGGAAUUAGAGAAGAGGGGGACAGACACCCCCGUUGCACUAAAGCUCUCAUGGUUGCUUGACAUUUGUAUCUGUGAUACAGCAUAAGUUGAAAGAGUCUGUGUUGGCUGGCAGUUGAGCCUGCCAGAAAGCUAAAACACUAUGUCCAGCGUGUAAAUAUGUGUAUGUAUAUAUAUAUAUAUAUAUGUGUGUGUAUAUAUAUAUACACGUAUAUAUAUGUGGAGAUUGAGAGGAAAGCCUGACUUGUAGAGAAGUUUUAAUAAACAGUUUCUUAAGUAUG